AUGAAUUCAAACAGUUUAAACGAAAGCUCAACCGAUUCCUCUUCAUCUUCAUCUAACUCGGAUGAUGAGGGAAGGGAGCUUAGAGUUCAACAACGUAAUGAAGUGUGUCUUAUGAUACAACACGUAAUGCAUGAGUACAUUCCACCAAUUAUUCAAGCUGCCACUCAGCAACGCCGACGCAAAUCUACUGAGCCCCGAAAGGAUAGGGGACGCGAAGAAGGUCAUGCACGGUUAUACAAUGACUAUUUCGCGGAAGUCCCUGUUUAUCCAAGUUCCUUGUUCCGGCGCCGGUUUAGAAUGCGUAAACAUGUGUUUGAGCGCCUUCUCAACGGAGUGACCCAACAUGACCCCUGGUUUCAACAAAGGCGAGAUGCGGCAAGUCGUCUUGGUUUGUCUCCACUUCAAAAGUGCACUGCGGCCGUUAGACAACUAGCUUACGGGUGUGCUUCAGACGCUUGCGAUGAGUAUGUCCGUAUAAGUGAGGCAACUUCACGAUUGGCACUCCAAAAGUUUACAGAAGGUGUCAUCAACCUGUUCGGUGAUCAGUACCUACGCCGUCCAAACAUCGCAGAUAUGGAAAGAUUGCUACGUAUUGGGGAAGAACGUGGAUUUCCUGGCAUGAUAGGCAGCAUUGAUUGUAUGCACUGGGAGUGGAAGAAUUGUUCACACGCAUGGAAGGGGCAGUAUCAAGGAAGAGAAGGAGUUGCAACUCUCGUACUGGAGGCAGUUGCGGACAAAGAUCUAUGGAUAUGA